AAUGUUGUUCCGACAACCAGCUGACUAUGUAUGUAAUGGCGAGAGCUUUCCUCCCAACCACAACCGCAUCUCAUCCUUAAUCGCAAAACUAGAUUUAAAAGCGUCCUUGACUCGACUUUUAAUGGCCACUGCACAUCACCGCCACCAGCUGUCCCUGACAGGGUUUAUUCAUCCGCCUCGGAAACCACUCUUGACACCGGAAGAGAGUCAAAUAGCGCGAAUCUUGUUCAAGACGUUGAUUGACUAUGCACCUGAGCGUUCAUCAAGAGGGCGGUACAACCCGGCGGUUCUCAUAGAAGAGACAUUUGGACGCAUUCAAUGCAAGGAUGCCUUCCUCAAGUACUUCUUUACUUACAUAUACACGAAUGUAACACCGGAAGAAGAGCGCAGAACAGGCUCGGAUUUCUCUCAAGUUUUCACCUACUUGCGCGAUUUCUUGUCGUGGGGUUCGAAGAAUCAAGACACAGCUAUGGAUACCAUCGACAACUUUGCAGAAUAUUUGAUAGAUAACUUUUUCAUGCCACUUAGGGCGUCAUCAGUGAAAACACCACAGCCUACACCUGUAGCGUUAUCCGCGAAUCAAAAUGCACCAACGGGCACCAAAAGUCGUGUGUCUAGGUUACGACAAGAGUGCCUCAAACGUGAUCACUAUCGCUGUAUUGUCUCCCGCAAGUUUGAUAGAGCUGAAGCGAAAAAGCGGCUUGAGCAGAACGAGAAUAGCAAAGAUGAUGAUGGAGAGUUUUUAAGAAAUCAAAAGAGUGACCAAUUCAAAUAUCUAGAAGUGGCGCAUAUAAUUCCCCAUUCACUUGUGACGGUCUCUUCUGAAGAGUCAGAAUUGGUAUAUGGUCCCAUAGUGUGACCAGGUUCUUAGUUUCUUUCUAAUUAUAAGCAUAGAGUGAGUCAAAAAAGGCUGCUUUG